UCUCCCGUUCUGAUGACGGAGAUAGAGAGAAGGGAGCACCACCAGCGGAGAUAGGAAGGAGAUCGAAAUGGCUUCGGUGGUGAGAGGCGUCCUCAAGGUGAUCAACGAGAAGGGCGUCGGCGGUUUCAUCAAACAUCUCCGGGAAGAGGGUUAUAUGAGAUGCCUUUUGGAUGGGAAUCUAUUGCAAACGAAACUUCACAACAUUGGUGCAACCCUGAUUGGAGUUGAUAAAUUUGGUAACCUGUAUUAUGAGAAAUUGGAUGUCCAAUACGGAAGGCACAGGUGGGUUGAGUAUGCUGAGAAAGGCCGCUAUAAUGCGUCCCAAGUGCCACCUGAGUGGCAUGGUUGGCUGCACUAUGUAACUGACCAUACAGGCGACGAACUUUUGAUGCUGAAACCUAAAAGAUAUGGCGAGGAACAUAGAGAGAACUUCUCAGGGGAAGGUGAUGCGUACAUCUACCACUCCAAAGGCCACGCUCUCAACCCUGGACAGAGGGAUUGGACCCGUUACCAGCCCUGGCAACCCGCCAAGUCCUAAACUUCUUUUCCUGUUGCAGGACAAGGUACAUAAAUCAUGCCACACUGCAAAGCUUUUGCUGGCAAAUACUUUGUUAAUUGCUUGAUUGACAGCAACCCUAAAAUGCUAAUGCGUGCUGAAAACGUGGCUGUAAUAAGUGCUCUGGAUUGUAGUUUCCAAUUGUUCGUUUGGAAAUGUGUCCAUCUAAUUAAAAUUUUAUUUUUACUGGGCAAAUUACUUGUUUUA